UGCCGUGCCAGCGCCUGUGCUUUCUUCCUCAUUUCACUAGACCGCUACCCAUGCCAUCUCUCUCUAUAGCAAAUCUUUGCUAACUUUCAGGACGUGGUAGCGGCCAGUUUGAUAGGCUAACAGAGUCCGACUCAACGACACCUUGAGCUUCUUCACCCUCACAACCAAUACAAUCCUCUCGAUACCGAAUACACGUACGUGUAUACAUUCACAGUACUUACACAAUGAGUGUGAGAGUGGUCUCCAGGAUAAGACCGCUGCUGGAAAAGGAGCGCGAAUGUGACAUUAUCGUUCGAGCCGAUACCGCGGAUACUGGCAAGCCAAACACGGUCGUCAAGAUUCCCAACCCCAAGAACGAGGCUGAGGAGUUCUCAUUCGCGUUCAAUGGCGUGUACGACCGAUCUACCACUCAAGAGGAAUUGUUUACUGCUGAAGGUGCGAUCUCACAAGCUAGCGCGUUUUGUUUCAUCUUGUUUUCGUUCACUACCUCUCGUUCCUGCUCAUAUCGUAUCGUGUGUUGACUCGAAUAGUGGCGCCGCACGUCAAGUCUCUCUUCCAGGGAUUCGAUGUCACAAUAUUCGCCUAUGGUGUCACCGGUACCGGUAAAACACACACGAUGCGAGGCGGUAUGAAGCUGGCAGACCGUGGGGUGAUUCCUCGGAUGCUCAGCAACGUCUUUCGAAGAGGCAAGAAGAUCAUGAAGGAUUCUCGCGGUGAGACGGAUGUCCAGGUUUUGCUGUCCUACUAUGAGAUCUAUAACGACAAGGUCUUUGAUCUCCUCGAGCCACCCGAGAAGCGAACGCCAACCGGUCUACCACUACGAGCUGAGGCCAAUGGCAAGACCAUCGUUGUCGGUCUGUCAGAAAGAGCUUGCGAAGACCUCAAGGACUUUGAGAAGCUGUAUAUUGAAGCCAACAACAACCGUGUCACGGCAGCUACCAAGCUCAACGCUCACAGUAGCCGCAGCCAUGCUAUUCUGCGAGUCAAGCUGAUCCAAACGACUCCAGAGAUGGUCAGGGAGAGCACAGCAUCCGCCAUCGACUUGGCCGGAUCUGAGGACAACCGCCGAACCGACAAUGGAAAGGAGAGACUGGUGGAAUCUGCGGCCAUCAACAAGAGUCUCUUUGUACUGAGCCAGUGCAUCGAUGCUAUCGGCCGCGGUGACAAGAGGAUACCCUACCGGGAGUCCAAGAUGACACGGAUUCUAUCACUGGGUCAGAACAAUGGAAUCACUGUCAUGAUAUUGAAUCUGUCCCCUCUGCGAAGUUAUCACCUCGACACCCUCAGCAGUCUCAACGUCAGCUCUCGAGCCAAGAGGAUUGAGGUUAGGGAGAUUGAGAACGAGAUUGUGUACAAGCAAGUUCCUAGGGCAAACUCGGGUCUCACAGGUUCCAAUGUCCAGCGUCAGCCUCUUCGGCCACUUGCCAAUCUCACCAACGUGCACAAUGGUAAUGUUGCUGCCAAGGCCGCUGACAAGGCUGCCGACGCCAAUAAGCCCGUCAAAGCCUUCAGCGUCUACACUGACAAGUCCAAACCAGCAGCACCUGUCAGCCGUCCCCUGGUGAGCUCCAAUAUUGCUCGUCGAGUCAAUCAAGUCAAGCGGCCGUCUGAAAAUGAUGCCGCUAUGAGACCUAGUAAGAUCUCGAGACCUACAGCUCCAGCAUCUGUUACCGUUUCCGCUGCCCAAAUUGAGGCCAUGGUUGAGAAAAAGGUCAGCGAGAUCCUUGCUGCUCGAGUUGCAGCUGAAAGGGAAUCUCAGCCACCACCAACAGUCCAACCUGAAAUCAGUGAUGCUGUGCAAAGGCGAUUGGAAGCUCUCGAGCGGCGAAUUGACAGCGAUGAAUGGCGAGAUGAUUCCAAGUCGGAUGGUUUGAGGUUCCUCCUGGCUGCUCGCCAACACAAGGAGCGCGGCGAGGAUGAGAUCGCGCUUAAGAUGUACGAGAAGGCUCUACCCUACUUUCCUGGACAAACAAAGCUGCUCAACAAAAUCGAGAGACUGCGAUCACGGUUGAACGGGAACGCUCCCGCUCCUUCUCCUCGCCGGGAAACUCCUCGUUCAGAGCGCAAGAAGCGAAGGCUCGUCUACGAUGAUGCGGACGGUGAUUAUGAGACUGCCGAGGCAGACGUUGAUGAGGAAGAGUUUGCUCACCGUGCCUUAAAAGCCAAGUCUCGAAAACUAAAGGUCAAGGCUCUUGCCACCAAGUCCAUUCUUUCGGGUGACGAUGAGGGUCCCGCAUCGCCUCGAACUCAGCAUCUCCUCGAUAUUGUCAACUCACGCGACCUCGAUCAGAUUCGAAGCCUAGUCGGCUUCGGUGCGAAGAAAGCACGUGACCUGGUUGACUAUCUCGAGCUCGUCAACGAUGACGAGGCUGGUGGCCGUAUCGACAGUCUUGCUCAGCUGAGGACUGUUCCUGGCAUGGGAAGCCGAACCGUGGAGAGAGCGUAUGACGGACUUGUUGUUUGAGCGUGGCGUAAGUUGCUUCACACCCGGAGAUGGGAUGGGCAUCCAAUGCUUUUGGUCUUAUAUCAUAGCCGUAUACCCCCCUGUUUUGUUCGAAGUUGAUGGAUGCAUUGGAAAGCGAGGGGAGUUCAUGGAGUUUGGGUGAGUUGAAUUUAUACAAAGGUUGCAUGGAAGGCAGUGGUAAAAGGCUGUCAUCUAGGUGUUUGUUUAUUCAUUAAUCGGGUUCCAGAUUGCACUACAUAUUGUGUUCAAGUAAUACUCAUUUACCUUAUACAGUAGGUAGUCCAUGUGUGUCGUUUGUCGUAGGGUUAAUGGAUUGUGAAAGGGGACCAUCAUGACUGAACCACACUUAAACACUACCCGCGAAGAAGGUAGGCUUAGUAUCGCCAACUACCCUGUAGGAGCUAUCACAUCUCAUUUGGUGGGCCGAACUUCAAAAGCUAUGGCGCAU